CGUGCGGCGUGACGCAACUACGCACCGACCGGCUCUCUGCGACUCGCGCGCUGGGUUUUAGGGUCGGGAGGUGACCCAAGCCUACCCAAAAUGUCAGUAGCUCGUUCAUCCGUCCAUGCCAAAUGGAUUGUGGGGAAAGUGAUUGGGACAGCAAUGCAGAAAACUGCCAAAGUGAGAGUAACCAGGCUUGUUCUGGAUCCGUAUUUAUUAAAGUAUUUUAAUAAACGAAAAACCUACUUUGCUCACGAUGCUCUUCAGCAAUGCACAGUUGGGGAUAUUGUGCUUCUUAAAGCUUUACCUGUUCCACGAACGAAACAUGUGAAACAUGAGCUGGCUGAGAUCAUUUUCAAAGUUGGACGAGUCAUAGAUCCAGUGACUGGAAAACCCUGCGCAGGAACCACCUACCUGGAGAGUCCAAUUGGUUUGGAAACCACCCGUCUAACCAAAACUCUGGAAGAACACAGUAUCUCAUCAGAACAGUGAAGGAGGAUUAGAAAAGUAAGCCAAAGGGAAAGAUUUUUAAGUUUGCUAGAAGGAAAAGAAAUUUUUCUAAGUUUCAUUAAACACUGAUCAGUUUCUCUUCCGGUAUUUAUGGAACAGCUAAAAGUAAAUGAAUAAAAGGUUUGUUACAUUUUUCCAAAAA